AUGGCACCUCCAACAAACCAGGAGCUCAAUGAUAAACGUGAGGAGCACUGCGUAGCCAUCACACCCGAAGAAAAGCGCAUUCUGAACGAGGGAGCAUGUCUCAAGUUUCUUACCGAGAAAACCAACAUCCCAUUGCCGAAGCUUUAUGUCUGCUUUAAGGAUGAUGGCGCCGCUUGCUUGGUGACCGAGUAUGUCGAAAGGACCGCGAUGAACGACCUGGACGAAGAAAAGAAGACCGUCGCCAAAGAGCUAGAGCUUCAUCUAGAGACUCUCAAGAAGCUGACAUCUGACACUUGGGGAGGGCCGGGUGGCAUGGCAAUCCUCUCUCCAGGCUUUAAUCAAGACUCCAUGCUCCCACCAUACCGCGUUUUGCGUACGUCGAGGGGCGGAACCUGGAAAGUGCGAAACCGAGACAAGCGCGACCUCGUCUUCUGCCAUAACGAUCUCUCGGCUAGCAACGCCAUUGUCGACGCUGAUAGUCUCAAGAUCAAGGCCAUUAUCGACUGGGAGUAUGCGGGCUUUUAUCUACCUGAGUUGGAGGCCCCAUUUUAUCGGAGACCCGGCCCAUCCUUUGCACUAGAAGGCGAGGUGGAUGAUGUAGACAUGCUUCUAAAGAUGAUCUCCCAGGAGAGUGAAAUCUAG